CACCGUCACACUUAAAGGUCUGACUUGGAUUCAGUUUGGAUUCUCUAUACCUCAGUAUCACCUCUUAUAACUGAAUAGAUUAAGUAGCUUGAAAAUUAGUUAGGUUUAUUUUUGUCCAACACAUUAUUAUCUGCACAAACUCUGCUUAUUCAUCAAAAUAGCAUGCACAGAUAUGAAAUCCCGAAGUAAAAAGAAACUGAAGGCAAUAAUCAAAUCCACAAGGUCACCACGACCGCCACAAAAUAAAAACAUUAUGUUGUGUACUCUAUUGCCUUUAGAUUAAAUGAGGAAACAGUCUUUCCUGAGGUUCAAUGAGGUAGUGGGAUUCAUUAGAGGUGAGGUCUCAGAGUAGGACACACAAUAAGCCUUCCUCCCUCCCUCCUCCUCCUCUUCCUCCUCCCUCAGCAGGGUUUUAUAAAUGGCAAAGCUCCACUUGCUCCCGAUGUGAGCCCCAAUGACUUUCUGAGUUUCCACCUACAUUGUUGUCGGUUUCUGCGCAGAGUGUUUCCAUCAGCAGUGAGAGGAGCAGUGUUCGUGUGCGCGCUGAGGAUGCAGCGCGCAGGACUGAGGAUGCAGCCGGUGUCACUCCAGCAGGAGAACCUACGUGUUAAAUAGAAUUUUGACACGUUGUCACUGGAUUUUUUUUACGCAUCAUAUCGUUUUUACUCCACCCUCACGGGGAAAAAAAUUCACAUUUUGGUCGCAGGAGGUCCCCCUUCUCUACCCGCCUCCUCCCCGGGACCGUGCGUCUCUGCUGAGCCGCGAUGUGUGCGCUCCCGCCGGCUUGGCUGUGGCUGCUGCUCGGCCUCCUGCCUCUGGAGAUCCAGGCCCGCGCUGUGACUCUGAGGAGCCUCUCUCACAGACACAGGUUGGGUUUAUCCAGAAGUUCUAAACAGCCAAAGUCUUCUCCUCACACCCCCGCCUUGCCUGCUGUGUCUGAUCAGGCUGUUACCACAGACAACCACAUCCCCCUAGGAGACAGUCAUGUCCUCUGGAGAGCCCUGCUGCACAAAGAGGCCCAGCUGCACUUGUCCGACCAAUUGCUUGACCAGAGCAAUGUGCUACAGGAAGCGCCAGUUCUGCCACGCAGGUCAAGAGGUCGUCGUCAUGCCAACACUGGUGGUGGGCGGGGCCACAGCCACCUGAUGAGGGUGGGCUGCGUUCUGGGCACCUGUCAGGUUCAGAACCUCAGCCACCGUCUCUACCAGCUGAUUGGACAGAGCGGGAGGGAAGACUCCUCCCCCAUUAACCCUCGCAGUCCUCACAGUUACGGCUAAGAUCCCACCUCAAAUCGGACAGCAUGUCGACUGAGACACGUUGGCAAGCUACCCAGGCCUCGUGGCCUCAGUGACACAGCAAGGGACUAAAUAAGGCUUUGAUGUUCGUCCAUAAAUGGGCUAUUGUGGUUUAAUACAACUUAUGUCUUAUUUCAUCUACUACUGAUGAUAAUUUUCAUUAAUUAUAGAAUCUAGGAAUGUCGACAUUACAAGAAGCACAACCAAAACAAAGGGGAAUAGUAGGACUAGCACCUAAACUAACUAUUGUUAAUGUCCAUCUCAGUUUAACACAAACUUUCAAGAAAUUAACCUUAAUCAGUUAUUCUUUCAACUAAAUUUAGAUUUGACAGAGCAGUGCCUUAUCUCCGUGAUUAUAAUGUACGAAGUGCAAAACUUAAAAAACUAUAAUGUAUCGACAAUGAUUAAAAACAAACAAACGCAUAAAGACUCAUAGCAAGCCACCGUCCCUCUAAAAUAUGACAUUACAUCAUCGUCAUACAAACCUAAACUUUGAUUAUUUAUAUAUUGAAAACUUUUAAAUCAACUACAAUCAGUAUUUAUUAUAAUAAAAAUGUAUCUUAACGAAAGGGCAGAACAUUUUUACAGAUAAUUAUCACCUGAAUCUGUAGCUCCCAUUAGCUUUACAGAGCUUUAGCAAGUAUCAGCUAUUUUGACAGCGAGAAGCUAGUGAACAUUGCGGAGCAUUUAGAAGCUAUUUUAAAGCUAUAUCUUCCUCAGAUGUUGGUAGGGACCAAAACCCAGAGCCAAAACACACUGACUAUUUGCUAGGUGACCGGAAACAUGGCACCAAAUGACACCAAUGAUAAUCUGACUGAGAACAAAUGGCAUCAGACUAUGGUUUACCAUGUUGACAGAUCUCAGCAAAUACUCAAAUUAGUGAAAUCAUACUGAUGGCCAUGGUUAAUACCAUGAAAAUAAGUUUUAAUAAACCAGAAUUUCUACAUUUUUUACAAUAUGACAUUUCACUGCAGUUCUGGCCUGCACAAAUGAGAGUCCUUUAAGUAGUCAUUGUAACUGGCCACAUUACCACCAGUUUACUUUAGUGAAAUCUAAUUAUUUGUGUUGUAGUCAAUUCCACAGUAACAACGAUUUCAGACACUAUGUGUGUAGACAACAACUGCAGUGAAGCCUCUGUCGAAACUAGGCGUCCAAUGUCUGCUAUCGUCAUCCUGCUGAUCUGAAUUUACCUGAGCCCUGAGCUUAUCCAGCCCAUCUCUCAAAAGCUCGAACAAGUAGCUUUACCUCAGCGUCAAACCCAGUUAACCCUUCACCCAAAACCCCACUGUGCAGUCCAUCAGCCAAAAUAACCGCUAACCCUAAUCCAUUAUCUGUCUGCACACUUCUUAACAGAUAACUAGUCUUCACAGUCUCAGAAAGCGAACCAGAGAGAAGACAACAAUGCUCUAGAGUGCUUUUGACCUAUGAAGUGCUUAUAAAACAUAAUAUUUUAAUUUCUGCCACUAGAAAGUCAGUUUUUUUAAGCCUUAAUUGGUUUAAUCAAUUCAUUAGGCCUUAUAUUUUGCCUUUCAAGUGUUAUUUAAGGCUUCAUAGUCUUGUGCUUUUCUGUGUGUGUCAAUUCAGCAUAACUCCAGUUUCAGUAGGUGCUCCUACAGGUCAAAUGUUCAUAGGAAUGCAUGAAAGCACUUUAUUCUCCUGUAUAUUCACCAUGACUUGAAUUUCAAACGAUAUUUAACUUUAAAUGAAUGAGACCAGUUUGCUGUGAAUUUUCCACUUUACUAACUCUCCCUGUUUAUGUGACCCCCCCAAGGUAUAAGUGUCCUUCUCUGAACCGCGUGUGAUACUGUUCAUCUGUCUUUGUUUAUACAAUAGCAGCCUUGUGUAAUAAAACCCCAGUCAAACUUU